CCUACUCUAGUACACCACACUUCAUGUGUUUAUGAGUGAGUGAUCUGUGUGGUGUUGUGAUGGCUGUGUUUACGACACUUAAUGAGCGAGCAGGUAUACUGACUCACUUCCCUGCUGCUGUCGCUUACGACCACCGUCUAAGUUUCUGCUGAUCUUAGUUGUGCCCGUCAAGAUAUAGCCCAUCUCUGCACCGUUGACGACAAUUAGCUGCAAGUGCUGAUUGCUGCUGGUUGUCUCAGUCCAGAAACAGGCCUCACAAAUGCGAUAAGCCUAGCUGAAAGCAUCACUGCCAAAAUGGCACGCCACGCCUUUUCAAAGGUCGUUGGUCAGGUCGAGGUUGCCAUGCAGUGCAGCUUGCCUCUAGCUGACAAGUCUGUCGGCUGCUCGUUGAAACCAGGGAGCAAGUCUACGAGCGUGCAGACUACGGAGGCUGUGGAACAGUUAAGCUCCACCUCAGCAUCGAGGCCUUUAAUUUCUGCAUCAACUGCGAAAUGUGACAACUCAAAGCAAGGAUGCUUCCACCGAUGUCAGCUAUGUGACUAUGAGACUGAUGAACUAUUUCUUCUGGAAGAACAUGCCAGCGACCAUACUGGCGAGAAACUGUUUCAUUGCCCUUUAUGCCCUGAGAGCUUUCCACAGAAGCAGAGACUGAAAACCCACCUGCUCACCCACACAAUCAAGACGCCAUUUCAGUGCACUUCAUGCUUUCGGAGCUUCUCAGAUAAGGCUCACCUGAAAGAGCACUUGCGCAUCCAUACGGGCGAGAAACCGUUUCAUUGCCUUUUGUGCCCUCAGAGCUUUUCUCAAAAGUCCAACCUGAAAACCCACCUGCUCACCCACACAGGCGAGAAGCCAUAUCAGUGCCCUUCAUGCUCUCAGCGCUUCUCGCGCAAGUCUUACAUGAAAGCCCAUCUGCUCACCCACACAGGUGAGAAGCCAUAUCAGUGCCCUUCAUGCUCUCAGAGCUUCUCGCGAAAGACCUCGCUGCAACAGCACCUGUAUAGCCACACAGGCGAGAAGCCAUAUCAGUGCCCUUCAUGCUCUCGGGGCUUCUCACGAAAGGGCGACCUGAAAAAGCACAUCCUCACUCACACAAGCGAGAAGCCAUUUGACUGUCCUUCAUGCUGUCAGAGUUUCUCUCGAAAGGGCAACCUGAAAGCCCACCUGCUCACCCACACAAGCGAGAAGCCAUAUCAGUGCCCUUCAUGCUCUCAACGCUUCUCGUGCAAGUCUUACAUGAAAGCCCAUCUGCACACCCACACAGGUGAGAAGCCAUAUCAGUGCCCUUCAUGCUCUCAGAGCUUCUCGCGAAAGACCUCGCUGCAACAGCACCUGUACAGCCACACAGGCGAGAAGCCAUAUCAGUGCCCUUCAUGCUCUCGGGGCUUCUCACGAAAGGGCGACCUGAAAAUGCACGUCCUCACUCACACAAGCGAGAAGCCAUUUGACUGCCCUUCAUGCUGUCAGAGCUUCUCUCGAAAGGGCAACCUGAACGCCCACCUGCUCACCCACACAAGCGAGAAGCCAUAUCAGUGCCCUUCAUGCUCUCAACGCUUCUCGCGCAAGUCUUACAUGAAAGUCCAUCUGCACUCCCACACAGGUGAGAAGCCAUAUCAGUGCCCUUCAUGCUCUCAGAGCUUCUUGCGAAAGACCUCGCUGCAACAGCACCUGCACAGCCACACAGGCGAGAAGCCAUAUCAGUGCCCUUCAUGCUCUCAGAGCUUCUCACACUGGAGCACCUUCAGGAAACACAUGAGGCGAGAAGCCAUUUCAGUUCCCACUCUGCCUUCAGAGAUUCUCGUUCAGAAAUGCCCUGAAGAUACACCAGUGCAUUCAUACAGGUGACCGGCCAUAAUGUUGCACCAUCUGCUCCAAGUCCUCAUCACUUGAACAGACUUCAGAGAGCACAGCACCAUGGUGCUGUUAUGUAGGUCAACAAUCUCGUUGAACUAGAGUCUGAAUUACAAUAUAUACAUAUGUGUAGUAUGUUACGUAGUAGUACGUAGUAGUAUGUAGUGUUACGUGUAGUAUGUCACUUGUGCUACCCCAUCAGGUAGCACAAGUGUCUCCACAUACUCCUGAGAGCAAGCUUUAACUUGAGCCAAACUCCGAUGCCGCCUAUUCAAAUACGUGUAAAACGCAGAAAUGCUUUUCUGAAUAACCAGUGGGCCGAUUAUAACAAUAUUUGUUAUAAUUGAGAGAAAAAGCUAAAAUCUGGUGAUUGCUGGAAGCAUAUUUUUGGUUGAAUGCCUGAAUGUUAUAACAGGAAUUUACAAAGAUGGUCCAGCAUGAAAAAAAAUUGGAGCUAGAACUUUAUAAAUUUUUAGCUCUGUACCUGGAAUCGAUAUCAUAGCUCGGUAAGCCGCAUAAGCUAGAUGUUUCAAAGUGGACAAAUUUGAUGUAUGAAUUUAUUUCUUUUGUUAAUUUCUUACACUAUUUACGGGGACCUUUCAAAUGUCCUACUCUCUUAUUAUUUAUUUAUUUAUUUACAAACGCUGCUAUCUCAUUUAGAGACAUAGCAGAAGUGGGUUACAUAACUUAUGAACACAAAAAUGUCAACUAACAUGGUUAGGCAGUUCUUUCCGAAAUUGAUUAGUCGGCAAUAAAUGCAGAGAACCAUCCAAGUUAUUCCAUAAUUCAACAGUGUGUAGAAAAAAAGAAAACUUAAAAGCAUCUAUUAUUGGAAUGAAGGGAUCUAUGUUUAAUGGGUGAAUACGUCGGCUUACUCGCACAGUAGGUAUGAUUAGCAAGGUAGGUCCUUCAAUGUUAGUCGAUCCUUGCAUGAUUUUGUGCUGCAAGAUUAGAUGGUCACACGUGCAACAAAACAACAAUGGUUCCAGUGAUAAAGCAUGUGCGUGCGAUGACGGUGAAAACAUACGGUCGUAACGGCCAUAGAUAAAUCUAGCAACUUUUUUCUGAGUGGAUUCUAAUUUGGAAAUAUACUUUAUGCGAUGAGGCGACCAUACUACAGAAGCAUACUCUAAAACAGGUCUAAUUAGUGAUUUGUAGGCCGUAAGCUUGCGCUCUUUAGUGCCUUGCUUUAAAGUUCAUUUUAGGCACCCUAAUUUUCACAGCGCUUUAGAGCAGACUGUAUUGAUAUGAUUAUGCCAACUAAGGUUAGUUGUGAAACUAAGUCCAAUGUAUUUGAACUGGUUAACUUCGUUAAUACUCUACCCUUGAGUGCUGUACGUGAAUUUUAGGGGCUGUUCCUUGUUAUUAAAAGUCAUUGCCACAGUUUUGCUGAAGUUAAUGCUCAUCUGUCAUGUGUUACUCCAGUCUGAAAAUGACGAAAAUACGUUGUUAAGCACUUCUUGUCUGAAGAGACGAAUGUUCGAAUAGAACAUGCAAUCAUCUGCGUCUGAGACAUAUUUUCACUUGUGUGUUUCUGGCUACUUCAAUAAUGUCGUUAACAUAUAUGAUGAAUGAGAGCGGCCCGAGAACUGAGCCAUGCGGCACCCCUGACAUGACCUGAGCUAUAGAAGAGGUUUUGCAAUUAAAAGUGACGGAUUGGAAUCGGAGGUGCAAGUAAUCGGAUAUCCAGUCAAUUAGUUUAUUACCAGGAAAGAUUGCAGCAAGUUGUAGUAGUUUUCAAUGGCUUACCCUGUGAAGUGCUUUUGAGUAGUCGAUAAAGAUGGCAUCAAGCUGACCGCAGUUAUUGAGUGAUGUGGCUAUGUCAUGCGUAAAUUCUAAUUGCGCUGUAGAAAAUCCUGCUCGAAAACCAUGCUGCUGUGGGGAGAGAAAGUUAUUUGCUGAUAAAUACUGAAUGAUGUGCUCGAGAAGUUUGCAACACGUGGGCAGCAACGAUAUAAGCCUGUAGCUAGUGAUUAGCUGUUUGCUGCCAGAUUUGAAGAUGGGAAUGAUGUUAGCUUGUUUCCAAACCUGGGGAACUGUCAACGUCUCAAGAGAUUUGUUAAAUAUAACUGUCAAGUACCAGGCAUAACCUUCAGAGUAUCCCUGUAAAAAUUUGUUUGGCACUUCGUCAGCUCCAGAACUUUUUGUAGUAUCAAUUGGUAGUAAUAAGUUGUGAACACCAGCGUAAGUUAUAACGCGAGCAGGACGCUCUGGUAAAGUGUUGUUGAUGCAAAAAGGAAGAUCGAUGCCAUCGUCCUGACAAAAUACAGACUGAAAAUAAGCAUUGAAAGUUUCGCAAAUAAUCAGAGGAAGGGUGAUCGUUAAUGAUCAAUGAUGAAGUGUCAUCAGCAGCCGGAAGCACUGUUUCCCAAAACGUCGAUGAGUUUUCUUUCAAGAAUGUUGAUAACAUGGUGCCGAAAUAAAAGAGUCUGGCUUUGUGCAUUUUGGUUUUUAAUUCGGACUGAAGCAGGUGGAGUAUUGAGCAUUGGUUGCUCUGACUCACAUUUUUACGUUUCCGGAGCCUCUUAAUGCCCCUGAUAGGAUGAAUAAUGUCCCCUUUAUACGAAGGGUCCUUCGGGUUGCGUUUCACACACUUCUUGAGAACAAACUGCGAGAUGCAUUUCUUAACAAUGUUGCAGAACAUAUCAAACGACUUGUCCACUCUGCAAAUGCUGCUACAUUGUAGAAAAGCGUCAGAAGAGGAUGCUAGAAUAUUAACGAUAGAAUUGUUAUCAGCAUGGGAAAAAUCACUGACAAUCUGAAAAUCAAGUCUAUUGCACUCACAAGUGACAUAAACCUUCAGCAGAACUCCCUUGUGAUCGGACAGGCCUUCUAUGAUUUGGCAGUCCUAUCCAUUUUGUAGCAACCUUUGGUUAAGGAAAAUCAGGUCUAGGAUCGAGCUCUCACGGGUAACGCUACUAACAACCUGUGUCAGAUCUAACAACAAAACCAAGUCAAUAAGCGAGUCACAAAUCGGCCUGUCACGACCAUACGAAGCCAAUGUACUCCACUUAAUACAAGGGGUAUUGAAAUCACCAGCAAGGAUCAAUUUACAGUUGUCAAGCUUGUGUUUUAAUAUAUAAUUGCAACAAUCUGGAAAUAUAUUUUUUUCGGAAUAAGGAGGCCGGUAUAAAGUGCCAGUAGCCACAACAAGAUCACCUAUUUAUAAUUUGCAGCAUACCGACUCUGUGUUAGGAAGACUUGGUAUCACUACAAAAUCAAUGCCUUUGUGAAUAAAUAAAGCUACUCCGCCGCCCCUACCUCUUAACCUGUCACAUCGCAAGACAGAGUAAUUAGGAGGCACAAACUCACCUUCCGUGACCAAGUUAUUUAGCCAGGUCUCAGUGACACAGAUCAGAGAUGGUUGAUGGCAUUCAAUUAGCCAAUUGAAGUGAACUGUCUUGUUCAUUAGGCUGCAUGCAUUUAUAUUCAAAAGGGUUAGGUUGUAUCUAUCCCGAAGUAAAUCUGUGCUGCUAGUGGGUAUAUUGCUGGAAGUUUUGAUAAGCGACUUGCUAGUGUCAUCCCACAAGUAGCAGAUGCUGUCUACUAUCAGAAUGUCAAAGCUCAGUCGAACCUUGUUCAUGUUCUUCCUAAGCUCGACCGACUUACCCACAGAGCUUUGCGUGUCUGCCACACAGUAUCUGACCCUUUUAAUUUAAAAGCAUUCCUUAGUAUCGAAGUCUUCACUCUGAAAUCGAGCAACUUAAGUGUGAUAGGUCUCACCUUCCCAUUUUUUUUGUGCACCGAGCCUGUGACAGCGCUCAACACGGUUACAUUCUAUUUUCAGUUUCGUGGAAAGGAGCUUCAGCACAGCAGCAAAUAGUUGCUCAGGGGAUUCAGGCGAUAGCUCAGGCAGGCCAUAGAUUAUUACGUUGUUCCGACGUGAUUGGUUUUCUAAAUCGUCAUUUUUUCUGCCCAGCAGUUCGAUGGCUUUUCUAAGGCGGUUGACUGUUUCUUCUAGACUAUACACACGCUGGGCGACGUUAGCGGCGGCCGACGCCCACGCUUCUAUCUUCGAGAUCCUAUCUUCAAAUGCAUCAAUUUUAGCGGUCACACUUACUAAACCUUGGCUUAUUCGUGUUCGCCCUUCUAGCAGUUCCGUGAGCAUACAUUCAGUUUUUGUGUCUGGGCCAGGGUUUGACUCUACAUCACCCGACAUAAUUAGCAAUAUUCUCAAGGAAUUCAGCAAACAAAAAAAAGGUACACAAAAGGCACUCUGGGUCUGGCAGCAGCAGCAAACAACGAUUGUCACUUCUGAAGCAAUGUACACGGUGUCUAUUGCUUACCUGCAAGAUGAAGCAAGCAACGUUCAGACAGCCGUUCGCCAUGCCACUGCCAGACUCACUAUUAGUCGCAUAUUUUAACGCCUUGUUUAAUACAUCAAUUUUGUCCGCUUUAGAUGUCCUACUUGUAGCAUUUGACAGAACUGUGAUAUCAUUUUUCAUUGCCGAGUUAGAGUUGUAAACUUGAUAGUUUCGUUUUCUGAAAAUUCAUGAUUUUCAACAAUUGUUAAUAAAAGACUGAUGGCCUAAAUCAAAAAUUCACUACCAACAGUCACUAGAUUCUAUUUUCUUAUAUGCAACAAACCUCACGAGGUUUGGGGCUGUAGUUGUCAAGAAAAACGAUUUCUCCUUUCCCAUACAUUUAGAUGGGAGCCCUCAAGCUCAAGCUUGCUCUUAAAGGGUCCCUGAAACACUUUUGCGGGGUCACCAUAUUUUCUCUACAUCUUUUCUCAACACGUUAUCGAACACAGAGCAAAAGGAUUUAUGAGAAAUGACCCACAGAAAGUCGUAGCUGAGAAAAAAAUAUAAAUGCAGUUAAACUUUAAUUAAAAGAAGUUGGCAAAAACAGCUAUUUGCUUUGUUAUAUUGUGGCUUUUCAUUAUUGCAAAAGUAAUCGAUGUUUAUUCGAAUCUCAAAAAUUACUGUUUGCAUGCCCAGCAAACUAUGUAUGUUCAUUGUAAUCAUUAUUGUUACACUACAAAUGUCUGAAUGAUGUGUUCCUUAGGCUCUGUCUUUUUUUUUUCAGUAUUUUCUUUGGUACAUAUGAACUUUUUCUCUUUGACAUAUUCAUGUAUUUGUUGGCUCUUGGUUCUGGUCUACAUGGUUCAUCGUGGAUUGUUCUGAUAUUAUUCUAUUUGUGCCUUUCUUUUCUUCACAAAUGGGUACUUUUUUAGAGGAAUUGAUUGUUCAGUAAGCUUUCCACUGUCUGUUUCACCAGAGCAUCAAAUAAAUGCCAGUGUUUGGUGAGUA